CUAAUGCAGAGGAAACUGGUUUAUCAAUUUCCUCUUUGGUUGGUAAAGCCUGUUUUGGGACCUGUAGCCUGGAGAUUUCUUAGAGAUUUGGGAGGGAUGAAAUCUCCAAUCCUGGGCCCAUAUUUUGGGAGCAGCCAGCGUGCUGAUUGCACAGGUGUGUGCAGGCCUUUUAGGGGAGGCCAGGCCAUGAUUCUGGGCUCCAUCUCGUUGGACAGGAGUCAGGAGGGCUCCACCCCGGCAGACGGGAGGUCUCUGCCUUGGAGUCAGGAGACAGACAUUGAUCUGAGAGAGCCAGAAGGCUGAGUAUUGUUUGCAUUUGAGUGAU